CAUCCUUGGACCGCUGAAGGACCGCUACCCAUAGACGACAACGGACGGAAGAACCAGCCACAACUUAAUAGGACUAGGUCACCAAGAGUACAAGUCUGUAAGAAAUGUAUGUAGUCGUUUCCUUCCCCGCGGAGGGCUUGUUUUUUGUGGUGCCUGUUUCAUGGAUCAUAGAAGAUAAAUGUUACUGGCCUCCCUUUAAAACGCUGGACAAGGUAAAAAAGGCUGCCCUACAAAAUGAAACCCCUGACCCCAAUUGUUGGACACUUCAUCCAGUUGAGGUGCUUAAAGUUAAAGACACAUACGAAAAGGCCCACGGCCACUACCUUAAAGCAAAAAGAGGAGAGAAGCUGGAGACAGAUGAGGAGACCAUGAAAAGAAAAAGAAAGCCAAACAUGAAAUUCAUCCAAUCCAGUGAUGAAGAAGAUGACCGUCCCUAUUUCCCUCCGGCUCCAAAAAUUCGGCGACUGCCAGAGAAAAUUUCUGUACCAAAUUCAGAGUUUACCAGUCAGGCACCACAGGUCCCAACCACCACCACCCUGCCUCUACCACCACCACCACAACUCCCACCUCUACCACCACUACCGCAGCGCCCACCCAGCCAUGAAGUAUACAGUCAAUCACACAGAACCCCUUCAGUCACCAGGACCAGUACUUACCCUGCAGUGUUGUCCAACCAAGCAGCCAGUCCCCCGUUGGAAACCUCACAUCUUUUUCUGACAUCCAGCCAUGGAGAGUUUACCAGUCAGGCACCACAGUUCCCCACCACCACCACCAUCACCUCUACCACCACUACCACAGCUUCCAACGAUUUCGCCUCUGCCAGCACCACCACAGCUUCCAUCGAAGUCACCUCUUUUUCGAACAUCCAGCCAUGGAGAGUUUACCAGUCAGGCACAGCAUCAUCCAUCAAAUCAGCAAAUCAGCAUCCAGCAAGAUUUUUGCAGACUUGUUCUGCAGCACCUCCGGACGAUUGAGGAGGAGGUUAAGGAGGUUAAGCAGCAGGUGGCUGCAAAUACGGCCAUUCUGCAGAAGCUAGGGGGUGCUGGUGUGGCAGACCUUUGC